AUGUCCGAAUCUAGAGACGGGCUGGAGGAGCGCCUGCGCAAUGAGCUAGAGCUCCUCGGGGCCAUGUACCCAGGAUGCAUCGCCUUCGAGAGCAGAGGCCGCGAACUGAAGUACUCCCCUACGUCAGCCGGAGACGGUCUUACCAAGGGAGUGCUCGUCCUCAGGCUGCCAGAUCACUAUCCAGCCAAGGGUCUGCCGGAUCUUAUCACGGCAAAGGACGCGAAGGGCCUGGACGCAAGGACGCAGGUCUCGGCUGCCUUCUCGGAAUUGGCGAUUGUCGAGGGGGAGGAGGCACUGGAUGCUUUUAUACUCGCAUUCCAAGACUUUAUCAACGAAUUGGCGAGGGACUCACCGCCUCAGGACUCUGCGACCAUCACAUCGGCUGAAGAGAGAAAGCAGCGUCGCAAGACGGUGGUCAUAUGGCUCCAUCACCUCCUCAAUACAAACAAGCGUAAGCUCGCGCUGAGCCCCGGGCUUGACGCGGGGAGCGUGUCGGGGCUGACGAGGCCGGGCUAUCCGGGCGUGAUGGUCUUCUCUGGGCCCAAGGACGCCGUCGACAGCCACGUGGCCGAGCUGCGGUCGCAGAGGUGGCAGGCUUUCCAGGUCAGGUAUGACAGCGAGCAGGAUGGGGCCCUCGGCAAGGGGGAUGAUGAUCAUGAUCAUUGCGAGGAUCUCGUCUGGGGGUUUGAGCACUCUACGGGAGUCUGCGAGGUUGAGAGCCUGGGGGAGAUGGCGCAGGGGAUCGCACGGGCUGAGCAUAGGGAGACGUUCUUGCGCGUCAUGGGGCUGAAGUGA